AUGGAUUGUUCAUCAACAGAUCAUCAUCAUCAUCCAUUGGACGAUGAAGAUGAUAUAAAUAAUCGCAAUCAUAAUAAUGAAACGAUCGAAUCGUAUACUAAUAAUAAUCAAUCGUUAAACAAUGACAAUGAAUCAUUGCAACAAAAAUUAAAAGAAACGGAAGAAAAAUUGUUGAAAUUUAAAAAUUUUGUUCUCACAUUACGUAACGAACGUAAUCAAUUAAAGGAAAAAGUAAACAAUGAUAAUCAAGUCAUAGAAAAAUUGAAAGCUCAAGUGAAAAAAAGCCAAAAUUGCAAUCAAUUAUUUCAUAAUUUUCAGCAAUUACAAAAUGAAUAUGACAAAAGUCAAGAUGAAAUUGAACAAUAUAAAAAACGUACAAAACAAUCAGAUCUGGAUCUGGCAAAAUGUGUGGACGAAAUGAAUCAAUUGAAAGUGAUUAAUGAUGAUCAAAAGGAUACGAUACGUUUGUUACAGUUGAAUCAAUCACAACAGGACAUACAGAUUGAUAUGCAAAAAGAAACAAUAAAAGAAUAUGAAAGUAAAAUCAUUGUAUUGGAAACAAAAUUGGCCGAAAAAGAUGUUCAAGUUCAUGAUUAUGAAAUGAAAAUCAAUGAAUCAAAUGAAUUACAACAAGAAUUGAAAUCAAAAAAUGAUAUUAUUGAACAAUUAUCUGUACAAUUGGCUGAACAAACUGAGCAAUUGGAAAAAUAUUCCGAUGAAAUUUGUGAUCAAAAAAAAGUGAUUGAAAAAUAUGCCGUACUUGAAAAGGAGAAUGUCAAUUUGGCCGAAGAAUAUAAUAAAAACAAACAUAUCAUUCAAAGUAAUUGUGAAGAAAUUGAAAAAUUUAAACAAAACGAAUCUAAAUUACAAUCAACAAUUGAAAUGUUGGAAAAAUCCAUGAAUGAUUUUCGUGUAUUACAUACGGAAAAAAUAGCUGCCUUAGAAUUGGAAAAUUAUGAUCUGAAAAAUAAAUUACAAUUCAGUGAAACAGAUCUUCGUAAUAAUCGAGAAAAAUUCGAUGAAUACAAAUCAAAAGUGGCCAUCACAUUGAAAGAGAAUAAAAUGAAUCAUGGUGAUUAUAGUCGUCAGAUUGAAUCAUUAAAUUUACGGUUAGAAAAUCUACAGGAAGAAAAUGAAAAAUUACGUAAUGAAUCAGAGAAACUAUCCGUUCUGGUUGAUCAAUUAAAAAUAGAAAAACGAACAAUGCAAACACAGCUAACGACAUUGAAUGAUCAGCUAAAUGAUUUGAAAACAUUGCGAAAAAAUUUUGAUCUUUUGAACACCGAAAAUGACAAAUUAAAUCAAACAUUGAAACAAUUACAGAUUUCAUUUGCACGUGAACGAUCACAAAUUUCCGAAACAAAUCGUGAACAAUUAGAACAAUUACGAUCGGAAUAUGAGAAUAGAAUCAAAAAUUUGGAAGAAGAAUUGGCCAACCAACGAAACAUCGUAGCCAAUCAUCAUCAUCAUCAACGUCAAUCAUCGGAUGAUUCGAAUUCAGUGAUCAAUUCAAAUACAUCAUUUGAAGAGAUUAAAGAAGAAAAUUGUUCCAUUCGUUCGAAUGUAUCAUCAAGUUUGGAAAGAAAUUUUCUUGAAGAAAUACUUAGCACCGGUUCAAAAUCACCAACACCAGCGAAUGGACAAAAUUUCGAUAAUCUAACACAUUUGUUAGCUGAAAGUGAGACUAAUAUUAAUUUAUUAUCUGAACAAAAUCGAGUAUUGAAAGAAGAAAUUCGUCGCCUACAUCGUAGUAUUGAUCGAAUGGAUAUAGCCAAUAAUCUUGAAUAUCUAAAAAAUGUUCUUCUCAAGUUCAUGACCAUCAAACGUCAAGAUGAAAAAGAACGAUUGAUCAAUGUAUUGAGCAUCAUACUUAAAUUAACCACAGAAGAAACGGCCAUAUUCAAUGAAUUUUUACCAGAAAAUUUACCAAACAGUAACAAGUCAUUAACCUCAUCAUGGAAUCUAUGGCAAUGGUCUUAAAUAGCAAAAGAAAAAAAAACGUUCCAUCCUCAUCCAUAUACAUUUUUAUUAGCAGCCAAUUGUUCAUUUAUUUAAAUAAAAAAUUCUCUUAUUGUGAUCA